AUGUCGGAUCGAAAUUCGUUGAUCUGGAGGAAUCUUCUUUUCUGGUCAAUCACUCACAUCUUGAUUCCAGGAAUUGUGAGAGCACAAUUCAUCACACUAGACUCCAUUGAGAUAUUCACGAAGCAUGACUGGUUCAAACUCAAACACACAGUCUACUUUCAAUGCAAAGGAGAGAACAAAACUGUUCUUCCCGAUGUUACCAAAUCUGGUAUCUUGUACACUUUCCGCGGCCAAGAAUCAUGGCAGCCGAUGACUGAAAUCAGUGGCGAAAAGUGUAAGAGAUGCGGAAUCUAUGAGCAAGGCAGCCUCGUAUCAGCCAAAGAGUUUGAUGAAUGGGAGCUUUGUCCUUCUGAUUUCUCUGCUAGCCAAAUCUAUAUGCACUUUAAGGAAAAGGAGAUGAAUGCUACUUUUGUCUGCCACGGUUGUGCCAAGCUCGAAUCAGUAUCCGCCGAAGCAAAGACGAGUUCUAGUUCAAAAGAGGAAGGAGAUAAUGGGUCAACAGUUGCGAUAGCGAUUGUGGCAGGCGUCUUGUGCGCAGCUCUUGUUGUGGUUGGAGGCGUUUUUGUGUUUAGACACUCUAAGAGGAUGAAGCUGCAACGAGAUCAAGCUCGGUUUAUGAAGCUGUUUGAGGAAAGUGAUGAAACUGAAGAUGAACUUGGACUGGAACCUGUGAUAUGACAUGGUUUUGUCCACGUUUUUUUGCACAGAGAUUUUGGUGUUUCAUAAAUUUUGCAGCUUUGUUAGGGAAGAAGAUUGACAGUAGGAAAUCUCAGUACUUUUGCCAUCUGUUUUUUUUUUUUCUGGUAUUUGUUUCUCUUCCCCAUAAUUUAGAAAUCAGUCAAAAUAAUACAAAAAUGUUUCACUACUACUAAGGCUAUUUGUACAACACAUUGUAUUCCACAAGUGCAUUGAGGGAACUUUUAAGGUAUUUACUAGCAAGAAAAGAACUGAAUUAAUACCUGUCUUCGAGUUCGUCUGGCUAU